AUGGCCUGUUUGUGGGCCGCGAGCAAGAACUUCGACACGAACAACGGUCAGGCCUUUGAAAUUGAUUGCCGCAUGGAGGACACCACCUCGACCAAAUAUCGGCAGUGUGUCGGGCGCCAUCAACACUGCGAAUCCGUACGUUUCGUCAGGUCGCCGCAGUGUCUUGCGUUCCAUGGCAAGCUGACCGCAACCGAUAUGAGCGUCGUUAAACUUAUGGAUCAAGGGUGGGACACAGGGUUGGCCACGAACACAAAUGGCGAGCUUAACGAGAAGAAACUCAACUCACGAGGCCAUCCAAGUGCCCUCCUUCUCCAGACGCGCGGGCUGGUUGUUACAGACCCUUGCGAGUUAUGCUCGAAGUCGAUUCCGUUCCAAAGUCGCGUGGUCGCUGCCACUUACCAAGGCAAAGGUCUCAUGAAUGGUCGACUUGAGAUUUUGGCGGCAGGACUAGCAUACACCCUGGUGCUUUCUUGA